GACUCCUCAGUGGGCAGACCUCUCCGACCAACACCAAACUGGAAAAGCUGGACCCCCAGCAGGUGCUGCAGCUGUGUCUCCGGUACCAGGAUCAUCUUCACCAGUGUGCAGAAGCGGUUGCCUUUGAUCAGAAUGCGCUUGUGAAGCGGAUCAAGGAGAUGGACUGCUCCGUGGAAACCCUUUACGGCUUCAUGCAGGAGCGCCAGAAGAAGUAUGCCAAGUAUGCGGAGCAGAUCCAGAAGGUGAAUGAGAUGUCUGCCAUCCUCCGCCGUAUACAGAUGGGCAUUGACCAGACGAUCCCGCUGAUGGAGCGGCUGAACAGCAUGCUGCCGGAGAGCGAGAGGCUGGAGCCCUUCAGCAUGAAACCCGACCGGGAGCUGAAGUCUUAG